AUGACUAAUAAGGAAAAUGUUAUUAAUUGCAAAAGGCUACACAGAGAGAAUAUGGUUUUCGCAACCAUAAGCAAUGACUGUAAUUAUAUCUGCAUUAUCACGUUUUAUGAAAAUAAUUACAAUUUGGAGUUAUUCAAUGCUAAUAAUAAAAUGCAAAAAAUAUUUAGAAAGGAAAUACCAGACACAAUUAAUAAAGUCUACAUAAAUUAUAAUAAUAAAUAUAUUUGUGUAACUAGCCAAAAUGGAAGCAUUUAUAUUCUGAACAUGAAAGGUGUUCUUUUGUACAAAAAUGAAAUAUUACAUUGCUUAUUCAGAAAAAAAUAUAUAAAAAAAAAACCAAUAGCUAUAAACCGCCAUUUUAAUUAUUAUUACUCCAAACGAAAACGAAAAAAAAUUUUAAGAACAACCGUCAAUAAUCAAAAAAAAGACAAUGAAGUUUAUGAAAAUAAACAAAAAAAAAUAAAAUGUAACAAGCUAUCACGAAAAAACAGUGUUACAUUUUCACUUAAUAAUAACAAAAAUAGUCAGCAAAACGAUAAAAUAUUUACAGAUAAUAAUUUUAUUCCUAAUGAUGAGAAAAACGGUUUAGCUGAAAAUUUUCAGGAAUUGUACAACAAUAAUAACAAUUACUUUUUUCAAAAAGAUCAGGAAAAACAAUAUUUCAGUCGAAACCCCAAAACAUAUAUUAACAUUUCAGACAAAAUUGAAGGAUGCACAAAUUUACACUUUGAAAAAACACAAAAUAAUUAUUACGAAGCAAAUGGAAAUAAUAGCAUUAAUAACUAUUAUGAUAUGAAAAAUGUUGAAAAUAAAAAAGAGUAUGAAGAUUUAAAUGAAAUGACAUACUUUGAUGAAAAUUUGAAUGAAAGAUCAAUUACAUUAGAAAAGUAUAAAGAUUCGAAAGAAAUCAAUAUUAAUAAUUAUUUUUGUGCAGAAAAUUGUAAAAACGAUAAAUUAUCAACAAGUAGAGAUGGUAAUUUGGGAGAGGCCGAAUAUUUUCAUAAUGAGUUGGGAAUGGAUAACCAAAGAGAAAUAAAAAAAUCUGAUGAGGAAUACAAACGGAUUGGUAUUGAAAUUGUUGAUAUAUAUUGGAUUUGUAUGGAAAAAGAAAAUAAAAAAGAUUUUAUAGAAAUAGAUAAUUGUAUGUAUCGUUACGAUCAUUUCAAUAAGUGUAAUUUUUAUGAUAACUUACACAUUAUAUAUAGUUUAGAUGCUGCUUUUAAUAUAAUUUGUUCUGUUAAUUUAAAAAUAAUAAUUUAUAAAUAUAAUAUAUUAGAAUAUUUUUAUAAAAAUAUAAGUCCAAAUAAUCAAUUCAAAAAUAAUAUAAUAUAUUUGUUUAAAAAAAAAUUUUUACAAAAAUGCAAAGAAGAAAAGAAAUAUUCAUUUAUAAAAUAUUUAAAAUCAAAACUUGAUGCUUAUAAUAGUAAUUCAAAUAAUGAACCUGAACAUACUAGUAUUAUGGAUAAAAGUAAAAUACUUCAAAACUUAAACACUUCAGCAAAUAGAUAUAAAAAUUUAUUGGAAUUAUAUAGACCGUCUUAUAUAAAUAGAAUCAAACAUUCUACUUCUUACUAUUUAAAUGUAAAAGAAAAUAUAAUUAAAAAAAUAUUUAAUGACAUGAUUAUUAAUAUGAAUCAGUCAUAUAUAUCAAGCAAUCAAAAUUAUAUUUUAAUAAAUUAUUAUAUAAAUAUAAAGAAAAAGUAUCUUAAAUUUUCCAGUCUAAAUAUAGGUAUGUUGGUUCGAAAAAAUAAAAAUACAAAAAAAAAAAUGAUACAUAAAAAAGAAGACAACAAAGAAAAGAAAAUGAAUGUAAAAAGAAGUCGUGAAAGUAUUAGCAGUUGUGCAAGCAAACAUUAUGAAGAACAUAAUGAUAACUCAAUGAUAAAUCUUGUAAAAAUAUAUAUGAACAAAAAUAAAUUAAGUAAAUUUCCUACAUAUAAACAUAAAUUAGGAGUAUUAGGAAUCCAAAAAAUAAAUACUAUAGAUAGAGAAUGUAAAUCGAUAGAACAUUUUGCAUUAUAUCUACUAUACUGUUUUGAUAUAUUUCAAAAUAUUUUUGAUAUAUAUGAAAGAAUGUCUUAUACUUACUCACGAUAUGAUGAAUAUAAAAAAUUGUACAGGAUUUAUGAAAAUAUAUUAUCUUUAAAUGAAAAUUAUAAAAAGUUUUAUUAUAAAGAUAGAUCAAUUGUUUAUUUUUCAAAAUAUAUAAAAAAUAGAAAAGAAUAUUUUGAUGAAAAUUUAUAUAAAAUGUUUUUUAAAAAAUCAGAAAAACAAGACUUUGAUCAAUUUUAUUUUCUUAUAAAAAAAAUGAUAAGCGAAAAUACGGUUUGCUGUUCUUGUUCAAAAAAAACAUAUUUAGAAAAAAAAGAAAAGGAUCAAGAAGAAAUGGAAACUAUUCAAAGAAUUCAACAAUUAAAAACAAAACCAAAUAGAAAAGUUAGUUUUAAUAAUUAUCAAAACGAACCUAAUAAUAUAAUUAUCUCUCGUUCUAUGACAAAUUGCAAUAGUUACACACAGUCUAUUAUUUCUAAAAUGAAUAAAAGUAAUCUAAAAAUAAAUAGAGAAAAAUGGUGUAACAAUUUCUCUAGAUACAAUAGUAAAUAUAUUGAUGAUAAAAACAUGAAAAAUAAUUAUGACAAAAAAAUUAGCAUGUCUACUGGUAUAAUGAAAAGAUACAGCGAACAAAAAAGUUCUAGUUAUACAAGGACAGGAACUAAAAAUAGUGUAAACACCCAAAAUGAAAUAAAAGCAAAUAUAUCAAAACUGAUUUUAGGAAAAAGGGAAGAAAAUGAAAAAACAAGACAUUUAAAUCGGGCAGGUUUAAGCCAACCUAAAAAUGAUAAAAUUUCAAAAAAAAUAUUUUCCAAUGAUAUAUCUGAACAAUCUAGCCAAAAAAAAGAUGAAAAAAAAAAAAAAAUUAAUUUGGCUAGAAAUAGCCAAUCAGCUCAUCAAAAUAAAAAUAGCUGUUUUGUACUAAAAAAAGUUAAUAAAGUUGAAAUAAAUAAUGAAGAAGAACAAAAAAAUAUAUCAUUAGCACUUACUUCAAUGGAAGAUAUAAACUCAUGUUGUUUUAGUUCUGGGAAUAGUACACCUUACGAAAGUGACAACAGUAGUGAAGAAGAUCAAUCCGAUGAAAUAUAUUAUUCUCUUUCAGAACAAGAAUUAGAAAAAUGUUUUUUAAAAAAUAGAGAAUUUAUUAUAAAAGAUGGUAAAAAUAUUUGUGAAGAUUGUGAAAAUGUAUUAAAAAAUAAUAUAUUAUUACACACAUUUGAAAAAUUUGAACUAAAUUAUGAAAUUCCAAAAAAAAAAAAAAAAAUACAAAAAAAAAAAAUAUAUAGCUCACUAAUAAAAGAUAUAUAUACAAUGUAUAGAGAAAAAAAAUGUCCUAUAAAUAUUUUACUAUUAUUACAAGAAAUAAAUGAUAAGGAAUUAGAAAAUAAUUUAAUAAGUUUACAAUCUAUUUUACACUUUUUUGAAAAAACAUUCCUUCAAAAUAUAAGUGAACAUUUAAAUAGUUUAUUUAAAAUUAUUAAUGUGUGUAAAGGUUUGGUAACUCAAUAUAACCGUCAUUGUAUCAAAGAAAUGAAUAAGUUAUAUAAUAUAGCAUUAUAUUGCCGAAAAAAAUUUGAAUCAUUUUAUAAAUUAAAAACACCUUUAAAUAUAUAUUAUUUAAUUAUUGAAUUAUUAGUAUUUAUAUCAAAAAAUAUUUAUUUUGAGAAUUUUCCACAUUAUAAAAAAACAUUUUCAAAUUAUAGAUAUGUCGAUUUGUUAAAUAGUUAUAAUAUAUUUAAAAAUAAUAAAAUGAAUUUUAGUUGUCUAGACAAAUAUUUACACAUCAACAGUAUCAAAGCUCAUAAAUUUUAUAUUGCUUUAAAUAAACUUAGAAUAAGUUUAAUAAAUAUAUUAAAAUCAUUUUCAAAUAAUAAUAAUUUUUCUACUCUUUACAAUCUAUCUAUUUUAAAUGUAUCUCCAAAUAAAUUCCAUUUUAUUACUCUUCCGAAAAAUAAAGAAAAAUAUCAUUCCUGUAAUAAUUAUUCUUAUUUUGACGAUAUAUUAUAUAACAACCAAAAUAAAUUAUAUCCAUUUUAUGUUUGUACAUGUGAUACUUACUCAUUCAUUAGUAUUAAAAAAUAUAUUCAGACUCACAAAACCUUUAUGUUAAUACAAAGAGAGUUUAUCAAUAUUAAUUUGUAUCCUUUGCGCCUGCUAAAUAUUAUCGUAAUAUCGAAGAAUAUGUUCUAUAUAUUCACAGAAAAAGAUAAAAAAUUAAAUAUCACAUCCAUUAAAGUUAAGUAUGAUGGUUCACAAAAAAAACUACUAAAUAAUGGAGAAAGCAUGGGAGAAAUUAGUAACUUGUCAGUUCUUAAUUGUUCAAGCUUAGAGACAUACUUUCCAAAUGCCGAUACAUACAACAUUAAAAUUCAAAUUUUAUACAACUCCAUCAUUGCGAAUUUCCAACCCCAUAUGUGCCUAAUAUUACAAGGGUUUUGA